AUGUCCCUGUUCGGUUCCUCGCCUACCGAAACUGCGCCGCUGAAUUCCAAGUCUCUCUUUGGCGACGAGCCUGUACAGAAACCUUCGACAUCGUCUCUCUUCGCCGAUGAUGGAGGUGACUCUCCAUGGUCAAUGCCUACUCCCAAGAAAUCGGCGCGACAAAACCUGGUCAAGAAUCUUCUCCCCGCGACCGACGUGCCGGAGAGCUACGUUGAUGCAUACGACGCCGUGUUACAUGCCAAUGAGAGGACUGGAGUUGGUAUUGGCUUAGCGGGCAUCAAGCGCCUUCUGGAGAGCAGCAACCUCAGUGAGCAGGAGCAAACAAAGAUCUUGAAUUUUGUGAUACCGGGAGGCCAGGAAAGUGCCAAUGGAGUCGGUAGGAGCGAGUUCAAUGUCUUGCUCGCUCUCAUCGGAUUAGGCCAAGAGGGAGAAGAAAUCACUCUCGAUGGCGUAGACGAACGGAGGAGAAAACUGCCUGAGCCCCGAAUUGGCUACUUGGAUGAACUACGGUCGCACAGCGCCCGACCGCAGCCGCCCUCCCCCCCAGCAGCCAGAGCGACUCCAAUCAGACCACAAAAGCCUCGAGAAGACUCGUUUGGGACCGACCCAACCUCAGACCCAUGGGCUAGUCCGUCAAACAACAGACUACCACCACCCUCCACUGCCGCUCACACCAUGUCUAUCAACGGGGCCUCUGUCGAGAGCGCUAAGAGCGUCCCGAAUGGCGUUACAAGAACAACGAGCGCUUUCACGACGGAAGGUAGCCCGGGCAGCAGUAACGGAAGUCCCACAAAUGAGCGUUCAUCCGAGAGUGCGGGCACUGGGUGGAACAGCUACAAUGGCAAUUCGGGAGGCUUCUCGGAACAACCCACCCUCGGCGGAGGAUUCGGAGACCCUGGAGAUAACCGGCAAUCGAAUCGACAAGACCCAGAGCCACGCAGUGCUAUCUCGCAAAGUAUCAGUCUACCAGCUGGGACGGGGGAGAGCGUCACGAUAACAACACUGCCAGAAAAGGAGGGAGUGUUCCUGUUUCAGCAUCGCAAUUAUGAAGUCAAGACCGCACGGAGAGGCAGCAGCGUUGUUAGGCGAUACAGUGACUUCGUUUGGUUGCUUGAUUGCUUGCAGAAACGCUAUCCUUUCAGGCGCUUACCCCUGUUACCUCCCAAACGGGUUCAAGUGAAUGGGGCUCAUCUCACUGCAGAUGCGACUGUCUUUUUGGAGAAACGUAGACGAGGGUUGGUCCGAUUCACCAACUCACUCGUGCAACAUCCGGUUUUGAGCCAGGAGACACUUGUGGUGAUGUUCUUGACAGUACCAACAGAGCUUGCAGUCUGGCGAAAACAAGCCACUAUAUCAGUUCAAGAAGAAUUUACUGGCAAGGUUUUGCCACCAAGUUUGGAAGACAGUCUCCCGUCUAAUCUUCCCGAACUUUUCGACCAAGUGCGGGCAGGAGUGCGGCGUUCGGCGGAGGUCUAUAUCAGCCUUUGCGUAUGGAUGGAACGGUUGGUCAAGCGCAACGAAGGACUUGCGUUGGACAGUUUGAAGUUCUCCAAUGCACUCUCUCAUCUCACCGAAUGCAGCAACGACACCUAUGCGAUUGAUCAGAAUGAUGUGCCGCUUCUCAAUGAGGGCAUUCAGUCCACGGCCAAACACCUUGCCACAACUCAGACAUUGCUCGAAGACGAAGCCAAAGCUUGGGACACAGGAGUUCUUGAGGAUCUCAAAUCGAUUCGCGACAAUUUCGUGUCUAUGCGGGAUCUGUUUGAUCGACGAGAUCGAUAUGCGAGAGACAACAUUCCCCAACUUGAGCGGCGUAUCGAAGCAUCCGAAAAUAAAUUGCAGCAGUUACGGCAAAAACCACCGGGACAAGUGAAGCCAGGAGAGAUCGAAAAGGUGGAAAGCAGCAUCAUGUCCGAUAAGGAAAGUAUAGUACAGCAACAUGCCCGCGGUGUCUUCAUCAAGGAAUGUGUGCGGGACGAGAUUGUGACAUUCCAGACGACCAUCUACGCCAUCAGCCGUAUGCAUCAAGACUGGAGUCAAGAGCGGGUCAAGUAUGCAGAACUACAGGCCAGCAAUUGGCGCAGCUUGGUCGACCAGGUGGAAAGCAUGCCGGUUGGAGAAUGA